CCCCUUUUUUUUCCUUUUCCCAUUCGCGGAAGCUCUCCACAGCGCGCAUGCAUGUGGCCUAUUUUGUUUUCCAAAUGGACGUCAAAAAGGGUACCACCCACAGGGGGGAGGCGGCCAUCCCCUCUGCACAGUUGCAUGCACACACAGGAGUGAUAGCAGUGGUAAUAGCAGUGGUAGUGGUAUGUCCUUACGCGUGCGCGUAGGGCGCGGGUGAGUGGCUCCUCCGGGGUAGGCCCUCCAAAAGGGGAUGCCCUCCAUUUUGUGAAAUACCACCGCGGCUCAUUUGCGAGUUUGCUGGAGAAUCCCUCCCCCUCGGGAAGAGUAGCCUAAACGGUACGACCACCACUACCGCCACCCCCCCCUUCGCAUCUUCCUUUUGUCCCUACACGCCUGCUCAUAAGUAGCUCCUAAAACGAUGAGGAUGGCAUGCCGCUUAGCUCCUCAAAGGGUACACUCCAUGGUGGCGUUGAACCCGUGCGCACCCCCCAUUCGACACGCUAAAAUGAAAAGACAUCGAUGGGGGAGUGACCCAUGGGGGGGUUCGCCAAAAAGGGGAGAAAAAAAAAAAAGAUUAAGUAGAAAAAGAAGAAGGAUGUGCCCCCCUCAGAUUCGAUCCCCCCAAAAGGAAAGAAAAAUAUAUAAUGCGAUGAAGUUUUCCCCCGUUUGUGGGGGGUGCUCCAAAAAAAAAAAAAAAACGAAAGGAGGUUGCACACAGAGAAAGGGAGAGAACAUACGACAAUUAAAAUUAUCUCCUUGUGGGGAGGGCGACUCGGUUUUGUUGUCCCCCGAGGGAAAGGAAAAGCGAGGAAAAAAAAAAAAAAAAAAAAAAAAAAGAAAAAAAGAAACACAUUCAAUCGAAUUGAAGUUAACUGAAGGCAACACGAUCUGCAUCCUGGAGAGAAAAAAAAAAAAAAAAAAAGCACAGCGUUUACAACGGGCGAAGGAUGCUCAACCACAUUGGAACUUCUAAC